AUGUCACAAUUCGAUGAUCUCUUCAAAACUCUUCCUGAGGCAGAGAUAUUCCUCCCUGGGUAUGUCGGCUACGAAGAUAGGGUCAAGAGAUGGAGUGCCUCAUGCAACAAACCUGCCGCAGUAAUAGUUUGUCCGAGAAACGCGUUGGAAGUGAGCGUUGCCUUGCGCUACGCUACGCACCACAACAUACUUCCUCUUGCAGUCUGCGGUGGCGGACACAGUACAAGUGGUGACAGUUGCUCGGAGGGAGGGAUGGUGAUUGAUUUGCGUCAAAUCAGAUCCACGAUCGUUGAUACCGAGUCACAAACAAUCACAUUCGGAGGCGGAUGUACAUGGGAGGACGUGAAUGGUGCUUUGUGGCAUCAUGGACUAGCAACUGUCAGUGGGACAGUUGGUGAUACGGGGGUUGGAGGGCUGAUACUGGGCGGUGGUUAUGGAUUCUUGACUGGCAAGUGUGGGUUGGCUUUAGAUUGUCUUAUUAGCUGUGAAGUCGUGUUGGCAAAUGGAGACAUCGUCAAAGCGAGCAAGGAAGAAAACUCAGAUCUAUUCUGGGCCUUGCGAGGUGCUGGACCUAAUUUUGGCAUUGUCACUCAUUUCACUUCUCAAGCCUUUCCUCAAGGGGAGAGUUGGGCGGGAUUCCUAGGGUUUAGCCCGGAAAUGAUACCGGACAUAUUCGAGUUUGGGAACCAUCUCAUAGAUACAGACGAUGGCAACUCCAUGAUGAGUGUGCUUGUCGGCAACUUCAUACCUCCCAAUAAAGCUAGCGGUGUAAUGACUGUUAUCUUUCACAACGGAUCCGAGGAGGAGGGAAAAGAGAGAUUCAGACCACUUCUUGACCUCAAUCCAUUAGGUGACACGACAGGCAUGCUGUCAUACCCAGAUCUCAAUCUGAUGUUCAACAAAUACCCCAGAGGUCCAAAUGAUAGACAUCUAUUUGGCGGCGCAAAUUUCACACAUCCGCUUAAUAAAGUAUCCGGCAAGGCGAUUUGCGACCAGUUCUGGGAGGCCACCAAUUCACCAGAGAAUGAAAACCUUCGUGGAAGUACGCUGGGAUUCGAGUUCUUUCCUACCAACAAGAUACGUGAAACCCCACUAUCAGCCGCUGCCUUCGGUAAUAGGGGCCAAUUCGCGUCAAUUUGCAUAUCAAUGAACUGGACUGAGGAGUCCAAGGAUGUUGAUGUGCGAUCCUUUUCAAAAAGAUUCACUCAACUUUGUGCCGAUAGUGUUGGUUGGAAGGGAGACAAUUACUGUGAUGGGUACAGCACUUACGCGAAUUACUUCAGUUCUACUACCAAAGCAGAGAAGAUAUAUGGACCAAAUGCAGCGAGAUUGAGAAGCCUGAAGAAGAUAUAUGACCCAGAAAACGUGUUCAAGAAAGUACAGGAUUUGUCCUGA